CAGUAGUAGCAGCAGUUUGUGCAAAUCGAGUGCGCCAGCAGCAGUAGCAGCAUAGAAAAACCACGGCCUACCUUGUCUGGUUUCCCCUGCUGUUUGGGUGUUGGUUGCAGCAGAGUAUCCACCCCCAACGACGCACACCUCGGGUGCAAGCGAGGCCUUUGCUGACAUCAGCAUACCACGACGCAAGGCAGGUCAACAACAACACGAGCAGCAGCGUAGACGUGUCCCAUGUCUUCGUCUCGACUAGCCGCCGGCAUGGCGCGUCGCGCGGCGGGGCUUACCACCGUCGGCAACAGCAACAGGCUGAUCUUGAGGCAGCAAUCCUCCUCUUCCUCCUCUCGCAGUACAUGCGGCGGCGGCGGCGGGGGCGGGGGCUCCGCAGCUCUCGGGACCGUCGCAGCGCUAGGAGCAGCGACCGCGAUAUCGGCGGCUGUAGGGACGGCUCUCGUUGUUGCCGAGGGCGGCGCGGGCGGUGGCGGCGGCGGCGGCGGCGGGGGGGGGGGCUCGCCAGNGGUCUCGCCAGAGACCGGCGGCGGGGCUUGGGGCAGACGAGGGAUGUCGCAGGGGAAGUACUAUGGGCUCAAGCAGGGGGACGCCGGGGCGGGGGAGACAGUCCAGGGCGAGGAUGACAAGUUCUUCGACCCUGACUACGAGUACCUCAUGGUGGUGGGGGGUAGCUCCAACAAGCAGCUCGCCAACGAGAUCGCGGAGGAGAUGGGGCUCAAGUGCGGCGCGGUGACGCUCGGGCGGUACGCGGACGGCGAGGUCAUGGUUCAGCUGGACGAGCACGUACGAGGGAAGGACGUGUACAUCGUCCAGAGCGGGCAGAAGCCGGUGAACGACAACCUGAUCGAGCUGCUGCUGAUGGUGUCCACUAUGCAGAGAGCCUCCGCGAAGAGGGUCACCGCCGUCAUCCCGUAUUUUCCGUACAAGCACCACCGAAGGUCCGUGCCGGUUAGCGCUGACCUGCACUCGAGAUUUUUGUGGAGCGCAGGCGAGUCCGCCGAUGUUGGGCGAUUGCUGGAGGUGAUGGGCGUAGACCGCGUGAUCGCGGUGGACCUAGAGAGGCCCGGCACCGGUUCCGGCGGCGCAUUCCUCGGCCCCGGCAUCCCCGUCGAGACGCUGCUGACGACCAACAUCUUCGCGGAACACAUCGCCGAGAGGAUCCUUGGCAAGGACAAGUCGCACCAGCGAGGGGUCACGGUCAUCUCGCCGAGCUCUGGGCUGGUGAAGAAAGCCAUCCAGUUCAAGAGAAAACUGCGAGAGUACGUGGACGACGUCAGGGUGCAGACCUUCCUGCACGCAAGGCCCAACUCUGGGCCAGUCGACGUAUCCUCCAACGAGUUGAUGGGCAACAUCGGCGAGGUCAAGGGCCGCGAUGUGGUGAUCGUGGACGAACUGAUCGACACGGGAGGCACGCUCGCGGCGCUCCCGCGCAGGCUCAAGAAGGCCGGCGCCAUGAACAUCUACGUCUGCUCGUCGCACGGGCUGUUCAACGCCAACGCCGUGGCCAUCCUGGAAGAGUCCCCCGUCGACACGGUGUUCGUGACCAACUCGGUCCCUCUGCCGGAGGGUUGCAAGUCCAAGAAAAUCGAACAGUUGCACAUCGGGCGGUACCUGGCUCGGAUGAUCUUCGCCGAGCACGUGCGGUCCGCAGACCUCUUCAAGGAGGAUGACAUCGUGUUCGAAUAACCAAAGCGGGGGGGGCAACAUGUUUUUUUUUGAGACUCGGAUCUGAUAAAUAGGCUUCGAAAGCAGCGGCAGUAACGAGUUGGUUGACCCCGGAGAUUGCGACGGGAGCGGAGACCACAUCGGAUCGACGGCUCGAAGCAGCGAGGAGCAUUCGACUGGAUCGAUUGACCGGUUUGGAUCAAGGGGAGAAUGAGAUAGAAUGGUGCAACGCCAACGAGCACGGAAUACGAGAACCAGAACCAAAUCGGGGAGCGGGGAAUCGAGAGGAGAAUGGGGCAACGCCAACGGGAAUGGAAUGCGAGGACGAGAACGAAUUUCGAGAACGAAUUUCGAGAACCAGAACGGAGCGGGGUAACGCGGGACAACGCAGGGAAGAGAUCAGACACAAGAGCGGCUUUGAAAGGGGGAGGAGGGUGGACGACGCACCAAGUUGGGUCGAAAUCGCCAAAUAUGUGACAUGGGCAACGAAUGACACGAGAUGUCAAAUAACACGGAACGUUUUUUGCUGCGUGUAUCCGUGCGAUCUUGUCUACGAAGUAGUGUGUUUUAUUGGAGUAGUGUUUUGUGCCCGGUGUACAGGCGGAGGAGGGGGGCGGGAGCUGAAGAGCAUUACUGAGAGGGAAAACAAUCAUUUUUUUUACUUCGAUCAACCGAGAAACCAGGAUAACUCUGCGGAAAGAAACUGUGAGAAAGGUGAUUGAUACUAGGAGGAGUUGGACGGUGCUUGGAAGUAGCAGGCAGAGGGUACGUGGAAGAGAAGACGGAUAAAGGAGAGGGGAGGAGGCGACUUGGGCUUCAAGUCGAAGCCCCCCCCCCCCCCCCCCCCCCCCCCCCCCCCCCCCCCCCCCCCCCCCCCCCCCCCCCCCCCCCCCCCCCNCAUCGGUGAUCGGUCCUAUGGGAACAAUGCUGCGUCCUCUCGAGGACGCGUGUUCAAUGGUCAAAUAGCAGCUAAAACACUUAAGUUGGGAAAAUGCGCGCGGUUUAUCAGAGGUCGAAACAAGCGUCAGAGAGUAACCACCAACACUGCCAGCUGCUAUGGAGAAGACGCGACACCUGGCUGAACACUGCAAAGAGUAGGGGUAACACCCCUGAUGGAGCGUACGAACACCAACGUAGCGGUCGGCCCUACCCUAAAUGGAUCUCGUGCGGGGACGACAGCAACAACGGGAGAUCGCUCCCUCGCAAAAGCACUUGCCUUGCGGGACAUCUU